AUAAAGUGAUCUUUCCCUCGACUCCAUCCCACGGCUCCAUUGGUGACCAAGCCUAAGCCUAGUCUCACUCAGCUUAUUGGUCGGUCUACCUGUUAUGUCACUCUAUCCUAUAAACCACAUCAUUAAAAAAGCUGAAUGCCCUUUUAAUCUUCCCAAAAUAUAUAGUAGCCAUAAUUACGAUCCCCCUAGAUCCUCCAGCAAACUUUGAUUUGACGAGGAAGCAUGACUGCAUCACAGAGAGAUAGAGAGUUUUAGGUCACUAUAAAAUGAACAGUUCGACAUUUGUUGAGGAGAAAGGGAGUAACUAAGGGAGAUGAAGUUUGAGUCGGCGUAAAAGAAAGAGAGGAAGAUGGGUAUAAAACAGAAGCUCUGGCAGUUUGAAAUUGUGUGUGUGUGAGUUUGUGUGAGAUAAAAGGUAACUAGGAGAUAUGGGUGCUAGACAGAACACAAGAGUUUGAAAUUUAGAGAGAGAGAUAGAGAGAAGACUUGAGAAUUUGAAAAUUGGAACUUAGAGAGAGAUGGAGAGAGAACAAAAAGUUAGAGAGAGAGAGUUGAAAAAGGAGGAAUUCAUGGGGAUAAAGUUGAAACGCGGGUUUUUGGUGGGGAAAAGAGGGGGGAAUUGUACUCCUUCACCCACAUGGAAAUUUAGCUCUGCUCAACCUGAUGGUUCUCUAGUACAAAAUCUGACCUUCCCAACCAACGCUACUCUCUCUGCUAGAAAGCUUGGUGCAAAUCUCUGGGAGGUUCAGCCGCACCUCAAAGUGAUCAACAUGAGCAAGGGUGACCCCAGGCUUCGCCACCAUCACAAAGACAAUGGUUUUGUUAUUCCCAAUAAGUUGGAGGAAGAUUCUGAUGGCCCCCCUGAGCAGCCAGCGACUGUGAGUAGUUUGAGAAGACAUGUUGCAGCAUCGCUGACUCAACACCAUCAAUCAGUCAAAAGAAUUGGCCAUCCUCUUCAGCCUGCAUCUCCUGCCAGUUAUAGUAGCUCAAUGGAGAUGGCGCCCCAUAACCCUGCAGUCACCCCUAGCAGUUCUUUGGAGUUCAAGGGUAGGAUUGGAGAAUCAAGUUACAGUCUCAAAACAUCUACAGAGUUACUGAAAGUGCUCAAUCGGAUAUGGAGUCUUGAAGAACAGUAUGCAUCGAGUAUGUCAUUGGUGAAAGCGCUGAAAAAGGAAUUAGAUCAUUGUCGAACAAGAAUCAAGGAGUUACUACAAGAGAAGAAAAGGGAUCGACAGGAAAUGGAUGACUUGAUGAAGCAAAUUGCUAUGGAUAGAGUUGUAGGAAAAAAUGUAGAGCAAGAUCGAAUCAAGGAUGCAAUUCAGUCAGUGAGGGAUGAGCUAGAAUAUGAGAAGAAAUUAAGAAAACAUUCGGAAAGCCUUCACAUUAAGCAAGCUCGAGAACUCUCAGAAGUGAAAUCUGCUUUCUCCAAAGCUUUGAAAGAACUUGAAAGGGAGAGGAAAGCAAGGAUUUUGCUGGAAGACCUGUGUGAUGAGUUUGCCAAGGGAGUAAGCGAUUAUGAACAAGAAGUUCGGUUCCUGAAACACAAACCCCAGAAGGACCGGCUUGUAUGGGAGCACCCUGAUCGGUUAAUUCUCCAUAUUUCUGAAACAUGGCUAGAUGAACGGAUGCAGAUGAAGCUAGCAGAAGCUCAGUGCAAUGUUGCAGAGAAGAACACAAUUGUGGACAACUUAAGCUUUGAAAUCAAAACUUUUCUUCGAGCUAAACAGUCCAUUGGUUUCAAGACUAAUGAUGAAUUAUCCUCAAAGAAGCCCAAGGAACGAAGGCACUCUUUAGAAUCCUUUCACUUGACUGAGGCGGCAAGUGCUCCUCGGAAGGGGGAUGAUGGAGAAGAUUCUGUGUGCACUGCUUCACAUUCUUUUGAAUUAAACAGAGGUUCAAGCGCGAAGCUAAGCAAUGGCUGCUGGAAGCAGCAUGGGGUCAAUGCUCUGGAAAGUCAUCCUGAUGAAAUAGUAAAAUCAAAUCCUCUGAAGAAGAAAGUUCGGUUGCGCCAAGUUGGCCAGCGCCGUGAUUUGUCUAGCUUGGAAAUGCACUUGGAAGAACCUGUAUCUGGGGGCAAGACCGAGCCUUUGGAAGCGGAAGUGCAAGUAGAAAAGUUGAAAAUAAGUGAGGUUGCACAAGAAGGUUUGCAGGAAAGGAGUGAAAGUGCUGGAGUCUGUGAUCAUGUGCUAAAUAACAUGGUUAGAAAGGAUUCCUCGACGUUGGAAGGGAUGGAAAUGCAACAUGAGCACAAGUUAAAGGAAGAUUCUCCUGAUCUGGCAGCGGUUUUGGGUCAUGAUGCUAGUCCAGCGCAACAGUGGAUGUCAAAACUCAAAGCUCAAGAUCCUGAAGUAUCUGACUCUUCUUCUAAAUUACCUCGGGGUGUAAAAGAGAACACUUUGAAGGCAAAGCUACUCGAAGCAAGGUUAGCUGGCCGACAGUCUCGCUCAAAGGCAUCCAAAGGUUCCUCUUAAGCUCGUUGGACUGUUGGAAAUUAUCCUGCAGUACAGAGUUUCAUGAAGAACUUACUGGUUUGUGGCUAUCAUGCAAGAUCCUAGUCCUAAAUUGGGUGCGACCAUGCAGUAAUUAUGAAAUAGGUAUUCGUCUUGUCAUCGUAAUCUGGAACUACAAUCUGUAUAUGAGAAAAGUGUCGUUGUUUACAUGGUUAUAUAGAUCGGCUAGCAAUUAAGUCUCACCAUCUUUCCAAAAAGUAUGUGUUUUUUGUUGAGUUUAACAUCGAUGCAAUUCUGUCCAAACGCCUUUGUUUAUCUUUCCAGUAAAACCUGAUUUUUCCCUUUUUAUUUUUAUGAUGGAUAGUAUCCUGCUGCGGGAACUCGUAGACAUUCACUAACCUGAAAUUUAUUGGCCUAAACCACGCAAUUGUUUUG